CUCAGUUUCUCCGCGCUCCUCUACCCCCUUCGCAUCUCGCUGUCUGAAGACGUCGUUGGUUGGAUUUCGCAGCUCGGUCGUGCAUUCGCCGGCGUGAUACUUCCUGUCAAAAGGCAAUUCGAAGUUCGUUAUAUUGAUUACACAACUCAGAGAUGGUUAUCCCACCGCCAGCUAAGUCACCGAGAAUAAUAAACUUUCUCAAGCCUUACAUUCUGAAAAUGCACUUCAUUAACAAGUUCGUAAGUGCCCAAGUGAUCCAUUCCCCUACUACGACUGUCGCGUCUUCAGCGAGCUCACAGGAGAAGGCUUUGAGACCGAGCAUGGAGUCUGCUCGAGAUGUGGCCGCAGCUGCGAAGAUAGGAAAGAUACCGGGAGAGAGGCUGCUGCUCAAGGGCAUCGCUGCUGUUGAAGUCCACUUGAAAAGAGAACAAAAGUAUCAAGGCAAAGUUAAGGCAGUCGUCGAUUCUGUGAGAGAAGCAAGUGUGAAGCUGCUUUGUGAACUUCUGAAUUUAUUGGCUAUUAUCGGGGUGAGAAUGAUUGAAAAUGAUGAGCCUGCCGCUCAACUCUUAAAUACUGAAGUCGUUGCAUCCAUACAAGUUGCUUCAGAGUCCAAUAUAGAUCAUUGA